AAGCCGGCUAGUCGUGAACAUUCGCAGUCUCCUGUGUUCUGUUGCUUGUCCAUCUUGUGUUUUUGAGGUCCAAAUGUUGCAUUUGUUUUAAUAGAAUAAACGCUGAUACGGACGUCACUCUGAUAUUAAAGCUUGCUGAUGGCCACCUACCAGGAAUUCAUCCAACAGAAUGAGGACCGGGAUGGCGUGAGAUUCAGUUGGAAUCUUUGGCCCUCCAGCCGACUAGAAGCGACCAGGCUUGUGGUGCCUGUCUCGUGUCUCUUCACACCACUCAAGGAAAGGCCCGACCUGCCCCCAGUCCAAUAUGAGCCUGUCAUGUGCAGCCGAGCCAACUGCAAAGCAGUGCUCAAUCCGCUGUGUCAAGUUGACUUCAGAGCAAAGAUUUGGGCCUGUAACUUCUGCUUCCAGAGAAACCCUUUCCCUCCUUCCUAUGCGGGAAUAUCAGAAGUGAACCAACCAGCUGAACUCAUGCCACAGUUUUCCACCAUUGAGUACAUAGUACAGCGCGGACCCUCAGCUCCACUGAUCUUCCUUUAUGUAGUAGACACGUGCUUGGAAGAAGAAGACCUCCAGGCUUUGAAAGAGUCCCUUCAGAUGUCCCUCAGUCUUCUGCCUCCCAAUGCUUUAGUGGGCCUCAUCACUUUCGGGCGAAUGGUGCAGGUUCAUGAGCUUAGUUGCGAGUUGAUCUCCAAGAGCUACGUAUUCAGGGGCACCAAGGAUCUCACCUCUAAACAGAUUCAGGAGAUGUUGGGUUUAACAAAGCCUUCUGUAGCAGGACAGCCAGGGCGCCCUCCUGCACCUCAAGAUGCUGCAGCCUCUUGCAGGUUCCUUCAGCCUGUGCACAAAGUUGAUAUGAAUCUGACCGAUUUACUGGGGGAGCUCCAGAGAGACCCCUGGCCUGUUCCCCAGGGUAAAAGGCCUCUCCGAUCUACUGGUGUUGCGCUGUCUGUUGCUGUUGGUCUGCUGGAGGGCACAUUCCCCAACACUGGUGCUCGCGUCAUGCUCUUCAUCGGCGGGCCCCCCACUCAGGGCCCCGGAAUGGUGGUGGGAGACGAGCUGAAAACCCCCAUCCGCUCCUGGCAUGACAUCCAGAAGGAUAACGCUCGCCACUUGAAGAAGGCUACAAAGUACUAUGAAGCCUUAGCCAACCGAUCAGCAGUAAACGGCCACAGUAUUGACAUCUACGCCUGUGCUUUGGACCAGACUGGGCUGCUGGAAAUGAAAUGUUUAUCUAAUCUCACUGGGGGACACAUAGUCAUGGGAGACUCCUUCAAUACCUCGUUGUUCAAGCAAACUUUCCAGAGAGUUUUCAACAAAGAUUAUAACGGCGACUUCCGCAUGGCCUUCGGAGGCAUCAUGGAGGUCAAGACUUCACGAGAACUGAAGGUUUGCGGGGCCAUUGGACCUUGCGUAUCGCUCAACUCAAAGGGCUCCUGCGUGUCCGAGAAUGAGAUGGGCGUUGGUGGCACAAGCCAGUGGAAAGUGUGCAGUCUUAGUCCUUCCACCACUUUGGGCAUUUAUUUUGAAGUGGUGAAUCAGCACAAUGCACCAAUCCCACAGGGUGGCCGGGGGGCAGUCCAGUUUGUAACCCAAUACCAGCAUUCCAACACUCAGAGGAGGAUACGUGUCACCACAAUUGCCAGGAACUGGGCAGAUGCACAGUCCCAAAUUCAGCACAUUGAGUCAUCAUUUGAUCAAGAAGCAGCCGCUGUGCUCAUGGCUCGCCUGGGCGUCUUCCGAGCAGAGUCGGAGGAGGGGCCCGAUGUGUUGCGCUGGCUCGACAGGCAGUUAAUUCGCCUGUGCCAAAAGUUUGGUCAAUUCAAUAAAGAUGAUCCGACGUCCUUCAAGCUGUCAGAGUCCCUGUCACUUUACCCUCAGUUUAUGUUCCACCUGCGGCGGUCGCCCUUCCUGCAAGUGUUCAACAACAGUCCAGAUGAGUCCUCUUAUUACAGGCACCACUUUGUCAGGCAGGACCUGACACAGUCGCUCAUCAUGAUCCAGCCCAUCCUUUACUCCUACUCCUUUCAUGGCCCACCAGAGCCUGUACUCCUGGACAGCAGCAGCAUCCUUCCAGAUCGAAUUUUGCUGAUGGACACCUUCUUUCAGCUUGUUAUCUACCAUGGAGAGACCAUAGCCCAGUGGCGAAAAGCAGGAUACCAGGAAAUGGCCGAGUAUGAAAACUUCAAACAGCUGCUACAGGCACCUUUGGAUGACGCGCAGGAGAUUCUACAGACACGUUUUCCCAUGCCUCGCUAUGUCGAUACAGAGCAUGGAGGUUCGCAGGCCCGCUUCCUGCUCUCAAAGGUCAACCCUUCCCAGACCCACAACAACCUCUACGCUUGGGGACAGGAGACUGGAGCACCAAUCCUGACUGAUGACGUCAGCCUGCAGGUUUUCAUGGACCACUUGAAAAAACUGGCUGUGACCAGCUCUGCGUAGACCUGUCAACAUCCCACUUUACCGUUGGGGAGAACACAAGGAAUUGACUCGACAUUCCAGUUCAGCUGUCAGCAUCCACCGAGUGUCUGCCUCCAAAUGUUCUUGCUUUUAUUUUUUCCCUGUCUCCACUCCUGUCACCUUUUCAGUGUGCAGAUAGCAAAAUCUCCCUUUCUGUUAUAUGUUUGACAUUACUAAGCGAUGCUUAAUGCAAAUACGUUUCCUUUGACUGGAACUAAAGAAAU